AGGCAAGACUACUGUGACUCAUCAUAUACCAAAACCGCAAAUCAUUUCGACAUUUAAUAAUGUUAAGAUUUUUACCUCCGUAAUUGUAUUGAACCAAACUAAACCAUAUCGUAACGUGUUCGUAAUUCGGGUCGAAUAUAUGGAUGAUGAGAACCCAUACGUUGUAAUACAUCGUAUGGGUAAACCAAAAAAGCCUUUUAAUCUCUUAAUCCCCUAUAUGCUGAUCGGUUACGAAGAAGACCUACCAAUUGGAAAAUUUCAAGAUAACUCAAUUGACCAUAUUUACACUAGAAGAUAUCAAUACGACGGCGAUAAUCAAAUCGAUCAUCAAAAUUUGAAAAAUGACUGUAUUAUUGGAACUCCUAUAUUAAAAUGUAGGGAUAUUCCUGGAUAUAAUUUCGGAAGAUCAAAAGAUGUAAUUAGUUAUCAUUUUCGUCAACUUAAUGAUAAUAUACAAUUACAAUGUUAUCAUUAUGAUCUUCAAACAGAUCUAGUUUGUAAUACACUAUUAUUUGAGGUUAAUUAUGCUAUUAUCACAAAAAACAAUCCUGAUUUUAUUGUUAAUAGCGCAACCGCGAAUAAUUGGACAUAUAGAUCCUAUAAUACUUUGCCUUUGGGUCAAAAUAGUCGUACAUUCACUGGCAAUAGGUGGAAUGUGUUUGUGCAUCCAAAACCUAUGUUCGCAAGUAUUCAAUAUUCUGAUCCUCCAAAUCAUCAUCUUUUUUUAAAUAUUCAUAAGAAGUAUCCGAUAGCAAAAUCUCUGAAAGAUAUUCCAAAUAAUCUUUUUAGUCCUAUUGGCUAUGUUAUGAUUAAAUGA